ACUCAAAAUCCAGCUGCUGGCUUAUUGUACUAUAUUAAGCCAUUAUUUAUCUGAUAUCUUUGUUCAGUGUUUGCCAACAGCUGCAUUUCUACUUAAGCAACAGCCAUAGCUGACAAUAGUUUAAGGCGUUAUUAAAGUAAGUGUCAAAAUGGCUAGCAUGAUAGUACAGCUCCUAGGGUUUUUCCUUGGCCUCUUGGGUUUUUUGGGGACCGCUGUUGCCACAAUCAUGCCCCAGUGGCGUCGCACGGGCUACAUGGGCUCCAACAUCAUCACUUCCAUGGCCUACAUGAAGGGGCUAUGGAUGGAAUGCGUGUGGAACAGUGCAGGUAUCUACCAAUGUGAGAUCCACCGCUCUACGCUGGCGCUCCCCCAAGACAUGCAGGCGGCGCGGGCGCUCAUGACGCUGUCCUGCAUCAGCUCCAUCCUUGCCACCGCCCUCUCGUCUUUGGGCAUGGAGUGCACCCGCUGUAUCCACCGCUCCCCGGCCAAGUGCGCCCUGGCUGUCACAGGCGGGGGCUGCUUCCUCACGGCAGGCCUUCUCUGUCUGACCGCCGUCUCCUGGACCUCCAGUGAGGUCAUCCGCAACUUCUCGAACCCAGUGAUGCCCGAUGGCAUGAAGUACGAGAUCGGGCAAGCCGUAUACAUCGGCUUCAUCUCCUCAGCCUUCAGCAUCACCGGCGGAGUGGUUCUUUGCCUGGCUUGUGGUCAAGCUGAAAAACGAUUCCCAUACCUCACAGAGUCAAUUGAUGCCUUUCAGCCCCCCGCACCCGAGUACCAGCCACCCGCUGUUGUGUGCAAGGACAACCACACCCCUUCACGCUGCUCAGCCUCUAGCAGCGGUUACAGACUCAGUGACUAUGUGUGAACAGACCUGGCUGGAUGUUAUUACACGCAUAUAGGGACCUCUAAUGGAAGUCAUUUUACAGUAUUGACCCUGCACUUGUGGUUCCUCUACAUGGAACCUCCUCUGUUCUACUAAUGCUCUCUUGAAACAGUUUUUU